CUGACCACAUCGGUGCCUAUGGUGUAGUUUUAUACCAAUCUUACGAAUCCAGAGGCCAGUACACCCACGAAUUUGAUGGAGAUGAGGAGUUCUAUGUGGACCUGCAGAAGAAGCAGACUAUCUGGAGAAUUCCUGCAUUUGCAGAAUUGAAAAGUUUUGACCCACAAGGUGGACUGCAAGACAUAGCCACAGCAAAACACAACUUGGAGAUCCUGAUUAAGGACUCCAAUUCUACCAUGGCCACCAAUGAGGCUCCUGACAUGACUGUGUUCCCCAAGUCUCCUGUGGUGCUGGGUGAGCCCAACACCCUCAUCUGCUUUGUGGACAACAUCUUUCCUCCUGUGAUCAACAUCACAUGGUUGCACAAUGGGAACCCAGUCACAGAAGGUGUUUCUGAGACCAGCUUCCUGUCCAAGACUGACCACUCCUUCCUCAAGAUUGCCUACCUCACCUUCCUCCCCUCCGAUGACGAUGUUUAUGACUGCAAGGUGGAACACUGGGGCCUGGAGGAGCCGUAUCUGAAACACUGGGAACCUGAGAUCCCAGUCCCCAUGUCAGAGCUGACGGAGACUGUGGUCUGUGCCCUGGGGUUGGCUGUAGGCCUCGUGGGCAUCGUGGUGGGCACCAUCUUCAUCAUUCAAGGCCUGCGCUCAGGCAGUGCCUCCAGACGCCCAGGGCCCUUGUGAGCCACACCUUGGAAGG